AUGGCAGACAACGAACGAAGGCCCUUGGGCACCUCAGAAGAAGACCCGUUGCUUGGAUCCGCGGGUGAUGCAAGUCAAGAGGAGGGCAAGCCGUUGUAUUACAACUUCAUUCUUGGGACUGGCACCGUUGCUCAAGCAGGAGCAUGGAUCCUCGCAGCAAUCGUCUGGGGCAGCGUCUUCAGCCAUGACUUGAUGCUGUUUUCUGCGCACCCUCUCCUCAACUCAGCCGCCGUCCUCUUCUUCAUCCAAGGCAUCCUCAUCCUCCAACCAACCCACACUGCCAAACAAAAGAAACAAGGCACCUACACCCACGCCGCCUUCAACGACCUCGCCGUGGGCUCCGCCGUUGCCGGGUUGGUCAUCAUCGAAUACAACAAGAUCAAGGACGGCAACCCACACUUCGAGUCUCCUCACGCCAUCCUCGGAAUAAUCACCUACAUCCUCAUCUUCCUCCAAGCCUUUGUCGGCGUGACGCAGUACUUCACCCCGGGCCUGUAUGGAGGGGAGGAGAAGGCGAAGGCGCUGUACAAAUACCACCGGGUGGGCGGGUAUGUGACGUUGGUGGUGAUGCUGGCGACGGUGUGUGCGGCGACGCAGACAGCGUUUAAUGAGAACAUCCUGCAGAUGCAGUUGUGGGCGGUGGUGGUGGCGUGUGUGGUUGUGCUGGUCGGGGUGCUGCCGAGGGUGCGGUUGAGUAAGUUUGGGUGGAUGGCUGGGAAGUAG